GCGCAAGUUAGGGUUAGAGAGAGAAAAAAAUCGCUGAAUUUUGAGAAGAAAUUGAGAGAUUUCGCCCCCAAUUUUUAGUAAUCUAGUGAUUAUUGAGGAGUUUUGCUCGAUUCAGAAGGUCACUCGAUGUGGAAAUUUUGUUAAUAAUUCGAUGGAACUAUAAAAGGGGUUUUUUAAACCCUAAUUGUUUCAUUUCAACGAUUCAGGCAAAAAAGUUACCAGAUUAUUUCACUAAUGGAGGGCAUUACAUUAACUACACAAAUGGAAUUCCAUAAUCCCCACGAAGAAGAGGAGGAAGUAGAACCCAUGAUAUCAAUCCAAUCCCAACAAUCUCAAUUAGAUGAACGUGAUAUCGCCAUUGAAUCAAUGGCACAGAGCUCUGAUACCCAACAACCCCAUAUGGAUGGGCAUGAGGUCAUGAUUGAAUCAGUGGCUCGCAAGUCUGGGUCAAUGGCCGAGGGGCCAAUGGAGGAAUCGGGGAACCUGAAAAUUUCUGGUGAAAUUCAAGAACCCAUACUUGGGUUGGAGUUUGAGUCUCCAGAUGCUGCCCGGGCGUUUUACUCCGCUUAUGCUGAGCAGGCUGGUUUCAGGGUUCGGAAUAGCAAGUCGUUCACUUCGAGAGUUGAUGACACUGUGAUUAUGCGGAGGUUUGUGUGUUCGAAGCAGGGGAGGCCUACAAAGAAGGACCCCUUUGAUCUCACGAAGAAGAGGAGGAACCGUGUUUCAUCACGGGAGGGUUGCAAAGCCAUGAUGCAGGUCAAUCGCCGUGAGAAUGGCAGGUGGUCUAUAUCAAGGUGUGUUCUCGAACACUGCCAUCCUCUAGGAAUUGCUUCGAAACCCUCCCUUUCUGCACAAAAGAAGCUAGCCAAGAAACCUUGGGAACUAAUUCGCCCAGCUUCUACUACAGAGUCACAGCAAAACGGGCUUGGGCCAGGGGGAGGUGUAGCUCAAAGUCUCCUGGAGUAUUUCAAGAAAAUGCAGGCAGAGAAUCCUGCCUUCUUUUAUGCAAUUCAACUUGAUAGAAACAAUUGUGUAGCAAAUGUGUUCUGGGCUGAUGCUAAAGCAAGGAUGGCUUAUAGCUACUUUGGAGAUGCAGUCACAUUUGACAUGACUUGUAAAAAGAAUAAGAGGGUUGUGCCAUUUGCUACUUUCACGGGUGUCAAUCAUCAUAGACAGGUUAUAGUGUUGGGAUGCGCUUUCAUGACUGAUGAAAGUGAAGCUUCUUUCACUUGGUUGUUUGAAACAUGGCUUGCCUUGAUGAGUGGCCGCCGACCAGUUUCACUUGUAACGGCAUGGGAUGAUGCCAUGGCUAUGGCCGCUGCAAAUGUGUUCCCUAAUGUUCGUCAUCGGUUUUGCAAGAGAGAUAUAUUUAACAAAUGCAAGGAUAAGUUAUCUAAUGUCUAUGCAUCACAUCCUUCAUUUAAAGGCGAGUUCAAGAAAUGUGUGAAUGAGCCUGAAAGCAUUGAGGAAUUUGAGUCGAGAUGGAAGCGUCUAAUAGAGAGGUACAAUUUAGAGGAUGAUAUGUGGUUGCUGUUGCUAUAUGAUAUAAGAGAAAAGUGGGUUCCAACGUAUUUUAAAGGCACAUUUUUUGCAGAAAUGCCUGGUGCACAGAAAUUGGAAACAACUUACAAGUUCUUUCAAAGGAACUCCAUUACAACGACGACCUUGCGUGACCUCGUAACCCAGUUUGAUAAGGCCAUGGCAGGGCAGCACGAAAAGGAAGUCCAAGCAGAUUUUGCUACAAUUAGUGCUCGACCGGUUUUGAAGACUCCAUCUCCUAUGGAGAAACAAGCAUCGGAAAUAUACACAAGGACGAUAUUUGACUUGUUUCAGGAGGAACUCGUCGAGGCUUCCAGCUUCUUGAUGGACAAAAUUGAGGAUGGGGUGAUUAGCAAAUUCCGUGUGGGAAAAGCUGCUGAUUCCAGUAGAGAAUACAUUGUAACUUAUAGUGCUACUGAGAAAAGGAUAAGUUGUACUUGCGGCUUGUUUGAGUUCUUUGGUAUCUUAUGUAGGCAUGCUUUCAGAGUCUCUUUGGUAGUCGGUAUUGUCACACUUCCUGACGAGUACAUCUUGAGGCGGUGGACCCGAAAUGCCAAAGAUAACAUAUUAUCCUAUGAACAUUGCACUGCGUUUCAAAGCAAUUGUUUAAAAGCCUUGAAUUGGCGGUGCAAUGAUCUCUGUCGUGAUGCCAUUAGAUUUGCAGAAGAAGGGGCGACAUCUGCAGUGAUAUAUAAAGUCGCAAAGGGGGCACUGCAGAAUGCUUUCAACGAAAUCUUUGCUGCAAAAAGAGGUUCAUCAUUCAACAGAAAUAGGUAAGGGAGGCCAUUAGUUCCGAAUAAUAUCUUCAAGAACACUCUGCGGUGCACCAGCAGCUAUUGAGUUAUUUUUUCAGAUACAGCUGAAACCACUUACAGGUCCGCGAAGCAGCAACUAAGCUACGCUCUCACUCUGGCUGAUGGGACUGACCCUUUGGCAUAUUCCAAAAGAGCGUGAAGUAUAACAAUGAAUCAACACCUCAAGCAAGGGAUAUUGAUAUAUCAAUUUUUGGAUGCUUGUUUGUAUCUAUUCUUAUCAGAGAAAUGCUUGUACCCUUCAAGAAAAUACAGGAAAAUGCUGCAUUUUUGUCAAAGUUUUGUGAAGCUCAGCACCUCUCUCUUCAUUGUAACAUGUAUAGAAGAGUAGAGCUCCUGAUCUCAUUCCUUGUUGUUUGAUAUGUCCAUCUUGUGUAAGAAUUGCAACUCAGUUCAUAUGUUUUUGAAAUUUACACAAGUUUGUUGAAUCCUAUCACUCGUAUCAUAUUUUUAUUAGUUGAUAUUCAACUUUUUAGAUGAA